AUGCUCCGCCCACCAAUGACAAAACUAAUUAUUAAUCGUGAUGAAAAUCGUGAAAGAGAGAAAAUAUUACAUGUUGGAGAGUGUGCAAUAGUCAGGAGCUCCAGUGGAGAACCAUGGCAACUAUUGAACAAUGGUAACUCUGAGACUAUUGACUACCGUUUACUUCAGGAUAUUUUGCACCAAGGUUUUCGUCUCUCCACACUAUACGAUCCCAAGUCGCAUACAAAGUCGAUGAAACGAAUCAGACGAAAGCUCUCAUCUAUAUUCGUAUCAACAAAUUCUCUAUUGCCUCUAUCAAAAGGAGGCUCUUCAUCUUCUUCUCAACCACAUUUCUACUUAUCUCCAUCAAACAGCUCUCUUUGCGACACACAAAAAUUGCCUAAAUCUCGUGAAGCCGUCAUCAAAUCUUCAUUAACGAGAAAAGUAGAAACACGACGUCAGAGUGGCUCUUUUGGAGAAAACAAAAUGCAUCUUAAUUUAUCGAUGAGCACCGGAAAUUUGUGUCGAACAGGUGUUGUGCGCACGCCAUACCCGAAGAGUAAACAAUUUCAAUUCGAAGAUGACAGAGGUGAUGAAGAGGAUGAGACAGAUGAAGACGACUCAGAUUUAGUUAGUAUCAAAACACGUUCGGGGAGAAGACGUAAUAUUUUGAAAAGUCCCCCUCCACCAGAUCGCGUACCGAGUUCUGUUGGCGGAAGUGAGGUUGACGAAAAAGAAGAAACUUCACUGAAACCGAUUCCUGAUAACAUAAAGGCGACAAUGUUUAAAACACCAACGUUGGAUCUACCUGUGGAUGAUGACUCGGAAAUCGAUGCAGAUGCUUUUUCCAUUCCACCGCCAACUCCGAUCACUCCGGGAAGUGGCUUGUUUUCUAUUCCAUCAGGAAGAAAUGGAGAAAACUCGUCUCGUUCUCGGAUAGCAAGCAAACGACUCGGCUCCGUAACCAGCCGAACAUCGUCAUUGGAUCGUAGAAUGAGUUUGAGUUGUUUGGAAGACAUGUCAAAUUACCAGAAAACUCAAUACUUAGUGUUCCCAUUGCGAGAUUCUACUAAGAAACCAUAUUUACUCAAAUUCCCGGAAGAUAUGCACGAGGAGGAAGAAAAGCACGGAGGAAGUGUAUGGGGCAGCGACACAAGUUUAGAGGAGGAAAUUAAGGUA